AUGGAAGCUGGUCGCAGCGAUCGGGAACGCUCCGACUGCGUUAGGUCAGAAGCCACAAGCCAGUUCCGCCGCUUCCCGGUUAUAUCAGCAGUCACGCCUCCCGUACGCAUGGUCCAAUUCGCCCUUACCGCAAGACCUGUAAAGAAUAGUGUUCUUUUUGUCCUGCCGUCACUUCACCAUGCUGUUUUCCCGGAUCGCCGGUCUACCACUCAUAAAUCACUCCGCUCUGAUCAACACGACACUGGCAAAUCGAUGUCCUUCCUCUCCCUGCUACUCUUUCAUUAG